AUGCCUCAACGCCUCAAGCGCCGCUCAGACGCCAUCUCUCGUGACCAAUCUGAAUCAGAGCCUGAACCUGAACCGCCUGCAAGACGGCGAGCAACUACCCCCUCAGAGUCGGACGGCGCCUCCUCCUCAGACUCCUCCGCUCCCGCCUCCCCUUCCGCAGCAGGUCGAUCCACAGAGAACAUUCUCAUCAAGAAACUCAUCCGUCUAGCCCUGGCGACAGAAUAUUCCCGUACCCCCCUGCGACGAAGCGACAUCUCCCAAAAGAUAUUCAAGGAUGCAAAUACCAGUGGAGGGCGGGUCUCCUUCAAGAAUGUCUUCGAGGGCGCUCAGCGCGAGUUGCAGGAUGUGUUUGGCAUGCAGUUGAUGGAGCUUCCUUCCAAGGAGAAAACAACUCUCAAAGAUCGCCGUACACAAGCAACGCAGACGAAGUCAUCCUCGAGCAAUAAUUCUACCAAGUCGUGGAUCCUGGUCUCCACCCUCCCGCCGCAGUUCAAACAGAAUCCUCUCAUUGCGCAACCCACACGUGCCCCCAACGUGGACGUUGAAUCCAGUUACACUGCCCUCUACACGUUUAUCCUCUCCCUGAUCUACCUAAACAACAACGCGGUCACGGACCAAAAGCUAGAACGCUAUCUCAAGCGCGUCAACGCCGACACCUACACCCCGCUGGGGAACAAAGAGAAGCUACUCCAAAGGAUGAUGAAGGACGGAUACGUCGAGAGGCGAAGGGAUACGUCCAGCGGCGAGGAAAUCAUCGAGUGGACACCGGGGCCGAGAGGCAAAGUUGAGGUUGGGGUGGAGGGUGUGGCAGGAUUGGUGAGGACUGUUUAUGGUUUUGGAGCAGUCCCUCUAUCGAGAGAACCUCGACAAAUUCACGAGCGUCGUAGACGGCGCAACGAAGACGAAGACGAAGAAGAAGAAGAAGCGAACGAAGAUAGCAAUCCUGAGGACACUGCUGCCCGCCUAGUCAAGACCGAGGAGAACGAACUCAACGCCAAACUUUCGAGGAGUCUCGGUGUCAAGAUUGGAAAGGGCGGUGCGGUGGUGGAGCGCAGUCGGAGAGGUGAUGGCGAUCAAGAUGCCGAGGAUAAUGAUGGAGAGGGCGACGAAGACGGUGGACAGCCGGGAUCGUCGAGACGGGGAGGAGGACAGAGGUCCAGACCCAACACGUCUGGUAGAGACCAUCCGCAAGGUCGAGGCGGCGGAAGAAGGACUGCACGAGAAGACAGUGACGAAGAUGACGAUUGA